UUUCCAUACACAGCUCCUGAGAAGCCAGCACCUCCUGUAGUUGGAAAAGUUACAUUCAACAGCAUUGAGUUGUACUGGGAUCAGAUAGCAGGUACUGAAGACAGCUCAGGAGGGAGGCUACGUUACUGUGUACAGGAAGAAGAAGAGGAGGGACGAAAAGGAUUUGGAAAUGUCUACAAGUAUGGAGCCAUUUAAUUUUUUAUGAUGGUUUAUAGAGAAUUUUUCAAUUGAGUUUCAGAAGUAAGCUGCAAUUUCUUUGCCUUUUUUAAACUUUGCCUUGUCAUUGAUUCAGGAAACUUGCGCCACUCCUCAAACAAUUAGAUGCAAAAUGAAAACUAAUAACUGCUUGUUUGAUUGGUUUUAGCUUGAGUUCUAACUGGCUCUUAAAAGUAUUUUCCUCUCUUCUGAAUGAUUAUUUUGGUUUUGAUGUAAAAAUCUUAAAUUGGUUGAUGAUUUGAUGAUUGUCUCAUGCUUGGGAACAAUCAAGCAACUUUGACUGUAACCAUUGUAUGGUUUGUAUUGAAUUAGUUUCAUAUGAUAUUUACUGGUAGUGUAGAUUUGUUAUGUUAGUAACAGAAUUCUAAUCAUUUAAAUGAAAAUUUUUAUUGUCCCUUAGUGGCUUUGCUAAAAGCAAUGAGUUCAAAGGCCUGGAGCCAAGCAAGACUUAUCGCUAUCGUCUUCGAAUUAGUAAUAAUAAUGGGAACAGCCCUUGGAGUCAGGUUAUAUCUGUUACUACUACAAGUAAGUAAUGUGUCUUAUUGCUCUCACUUUUGUCCGUGUUAAGGGCAUUAUCUGUGACUUUUGAUCUUAAACAGAAGAUGAUAUUCAUUUACUUUAUGCAGUGUUCUCUCUUAUUUUAAGCAUGACAGGUAAAAUAAAUUUUCAAACCAGUAAAGCAAUCCUGUUGAAUUUUCAAGAAUUCCAAGCAAUUUUAAACAGUAAUAAGAGGCACUACAGGCGGUAAAUGUUACCGGUUACUGCCUGAAAAGGAGAACACUGCUUUAUGAUGCCUUGUCAUAAUUCAUGAAACACAGUAUAAGAGCAUGUGAUUGCAACAGUUCUCUCCUGUUGAAAUUGAUAAGAAACAUGCUGCAUUUAGAUAGGAAGAGAACUUAGGAGUGCUCAAACAAUGGUGAUCCUGUCAUCAGUGAAAAGUUCCUUUAAUUAUGACGUGUUCAAAACAUUUUGAAGACAUAAUCUUCAACUCAGAGAGCUAUACUUUUUUUUGACAACUUACUGGAUAACUUUUAAUCUUCUCUAACCACUGAUAUUCCUUUAAAUAAGGGAGUUUUUAUUUUAAUAGUUAAAGUAGCGGAUAAUGAAAGACUUGUUGAUAAAUUGCCAUCUGUACUGCAAAAAAGGAAAAUUAUGCACUGGAGUGACAAGUAAUAAACUCUUUUUUUUUUGUUUUGUGAAGAAAUCCCACUUUCUGGCCGUGACCUUCACAAUGCAGUCCUUAACUGGGAAGUUGAGAAAGUGAUAUCAAUUCUUGAAGAAAGGUUGGUGGACUCUCCUAUUAACUUUCAAAGUGGCUCAUGAUCAUGGCAUUUGAAAAAUUGAAAAAUUUUUGACAUCAAGAGCAGUAAAUUUAAGUUUGCUCUUUUUACCCUUGUAUUUUACUAGUACUGAAACCAUAGUUGAUUGUCCUAAUGCAUUUGGAAUGUCUCCUCUGAUGAUUGCUGCUCAAAAGGGUUACACAAGGUUUGUGUUCAUUCACAGGUGAUCAGAUACUAUAAUGAGUUAUUGAAGAAAUGUUUGCCUGGGAGCCAAAGCAUUUUCUUUGAAAAGUAAUGUACUUGAGCCUACUGGCACACCCAGCUGGAGAUUAUCUGGGUCUUUUGAGCAUGAAGCCACCAGGAGUAUUACUACUUUCUUCUGGGUAGGAUGCAAGUUACCCUCAGCCUUUCAUCAGGCUUCCCUGACAAUUGGUCAGUAUCAAUUUAUACUCCUGGGGGGAGAGAUGUACCAUGAGUAUGCAGUGUUUUGCCUGAGAACACAACAUAUUGCAAUGGCCAGGCCUCAGACCCAGACCUCUUGGUCCAGAGUCCAACACACUAACUUCUAUGCUACAGUGUCUCCCAUUUUCUGUGAAAGGUUUUGAUAAAAGUACUUCCUUAAACUGGGAUAUUUUCCAAGGGAGUUCAUUCAUUCAUCUUCCUAAAUAACUGUUCUUAGAAAUAACAUUAAUUUUUAUAAUUUAUUGGUAACUUUUCUUUUAUUCAGCAUUAUUUCAACUUUAAUUGAACACAAAGCUGAUGUCAACUACUCCAACACAAGUGGAAAAACUAGGUGAUUUAAUGAUUAAUUCAACAGUUAGAGCCAGAUCUGAUUCAUUAAUGAAACAGCUUGAUAUAUAAAUGAUAUAUGAUAUAUGCUUUAUAAAGUAUAUUUUUAAAGCUACAAUCUAUUAUUAAAAAUUAAUUUGUAUUUAAUGCUUUUUCUUAAAAAUAUUUUAGUAUGAUGUUGGCCUGUGCUGGUGGUCACAUCAAAAUAGCAGUUAUGCUGUUUGAAAAAGGAGCAUUUAUAGAUAGCAAAGACAAUGGUGGCUCUUGUUGUCUUCAUUGGGCAGUGGAUGGUGGUAACACAGCCUGCAUACAAUGGCUGUUGGACAAUGGAAUUGAUGUAUGACCAUUCUUGUAUCAAAUAGUCAUUUUAUUUCAAUGCCAAGUUGUGUUUGUUUGAUGUCAGAUUUUUCAUUGUUUCAUUACUGUCCAGUAAAAGAUGUGCAUCCUGUCCAGUUCUAGUUUCGCUUGCAGAUAAGGGGAUGCUUUUUUUUUUUGUUUGGAGACAAGUGUAAGGUGAGUGCCAAGGGUGAGUCAUAUAAGAGAGGAGGAGCUGAAAGAUCACAUUGUUUCUACUUUUAUAACUUCUUACUGACCCACUUCUCCACAGUAUGACUCCCCUUAUUCAUUCACCUUGCACCUUGGCUUAAAAAAAGCAAUAAAGCUAUACCUACCAUCUCUUAUUUUUGAUCUACAAACAUUACGCUAUUGACAUUGCUAAUCCUAGCAGUAUGCAGGACGUGUAUCAUAUGAUCUUGGCAAUAGAUCUCGCUUACAGUGGAGUCUCUGUGGCUCAGUGGUAGAGCAUCGGAACGUGGAAUCCAAAGGUCUGAGGUUCGAUUCCUCAUGGGGACUCAGAAUUUUUUCUUUGUCCCACACUUGUGACAAGACAAAAAAAAAUUCUUUCUCUAUUUCUUUACUGAGCUCAAAACCUACCAUCUCUCUUAUUUUCUAUCUAAGCUUUACCUGUUCUGCAUGUUGGAAAUAAGGCCCUGUAAAAUUGCAGUGUUGUUUGUCCAACCACGACAAUUUUUUCCACUGUUGGAAGGGUCUACCUCGCCUGCAAACAGCACUUCCUCCAUCCUUCUCUCUGAUGCAGCUCCACAACCAAUUAUAAUUAAUACAUAAACUUACCAGCUCUAAUUUACCAAUGGAAGCAUUGGAGGGUAAUUUAAAUGUCGUAAUUUUUUCAACAGGUUGAUAUCGAAGAUGACUUUGGUUGUUCACCUUUAGUAAGACUUGGUAUGCAGUGGUAAAUAAUUCACAGUUUAUAUUUUCUGAUAUUUCCAAUUUUGAUUUGCUAUAAUCUCAUUGUUAAAAAGUCUUCAAUCAGCAGAAAAAGGGUUGAGUCACUUUUAAUAUGCAUAGAUGUCAAUGUUAGACUCAUUACUUCACUCAUCCAAUCAAUCCACUCUAAAAUUCAGAAUCACACAGAAUAUGACAAUGUUAGCUGAAAGAUCCCUUAAAAUGUAACCUUCUGUAAUUCCCGAAUUUAUGUUGCAGCCUCUUUGAAUGGAAAUGUUGAGGUGGCCAAGAUUUUGAUUGAAAAUGGGGCAGAUGUGAACAAAAAGGACAAGAUAAAGAGAUCUGCUUUGAUGGUAAUGUUAUAUUUCUCAGCUCAAUGUAGAUUUUCCAUUUUAUUACGAACUACUUUGAAAAAUUAAUUUUGAAUUAUUUAACAUUUGUUAUGUUUUUUCAGGCUGCUGCAGUGGGUGGUAACGUUGAUUUGAUUAAGCUACUGGUGGUAAAAGGGGCAGAUGUUUAUACUGAAAAUGAGGUUUAUAAGUACCUUUAGUAUUAAGAUUGUGUAGUUAGGAGAGAUUGUGCAAGAGCGAGGAAGUAUAAAUAUUUUUUUUCUCUUUAUUUACUGUGUAGAUAUCAACUUGCUUUGGUUAAAACAGGGCAUCUGUCAUCAAUUUCCGUAUUGCUCUAUUUUCCUUUAGUAUUAUUAUUUUUUUACAUUCCUUGCUUCAUCUUUUUUUACUUUCUUUUUAGUAUGGACAUAGAGCUGUUGAUUUUUCUGAGACGUUUGGCAGAAAGGUAUGUCUUUAUGGUGGAAUGUAG